UACAUUUGUUGAAGGAUAGGCUAGGCGACUGUUCAUUGCUUGGACAGCAUUUGAAUUUCCAUGAGUUGUUUAGAUCGAACACUCAAGAGUUGUGUUGAUUAGGACUCCAGUAAAGUGUUGUGUCUUUUGAAGAUCUGUAAUUCGUGCAGAAAAUAUGGAGUAACUGCAAUUGUUCCCAACCGUGCAACCUCCGGAUUUAGGCUACCGUGGGUUUAAAACGGAUGAGCUGGAGACAGAGAGAGAGAUAGAGAGAGCAAGCGAGUGAGCAGCUGUGUGUGUGAGUGUGAGAGAGGUGCUGAGUUCUGAAGAGUUCACACAACACGACAGAGCCCAGCUAGCGCUGCUGACACGGACUAUGCAGAAUAGUGUCUGAGUUUGUCCUGAGGAUAGCCACCAAGUGAUCAGAAUGGGAAACACUGACAGCCAGUACAGCCACUUCAAUGUCCCUGGGAAACCCAAACCCUGCUCUCUAAAGUUCCACUCCAUUAAGGAGGAAGUCCUGUCCCCCAAUAGCAGGAGGAGGGACAUAGAGGGGGGCGGCCAGGAGUACAAAACCAGAGACAAGGGAGGGAGGGUCUGCCUGCCCCAGCAGAAGAUCACUCACAACCAGCCUUAUGGCUUGUCGCAACACUACGAGCACCACAUCACCAAGGAGGGCAGGGGGCUGAGAGGGCCCCCAGGAGCCAAGCUGAAGUCCAGCUCUCCACAGUGUUGUGGCAGAGGGGACAGCUCCCAAGUGACCAGGAAAAGCAGUGGUCAUAACAGCUAUGGUUUCCUGGAGAGUAGCGGGGAGAAUGUGAACGGUCUCGGUGCUAACAGGCAGCGCACCCCUGAGAUGACUUCUCUGUGUGAGCCAAUAGAGAGCCGCAGCAGCCCCAAGGUGCUCCUCAGUAAGGACGGCAGCAUGCGUGUGGAGUUCACCAAUGCCAGGAGGAUGUCUCUGGAGCCGCAGGGUCUGUCAGGCCACAGCCACAAUGCAGUAGCAGCCCCAGAGCCCUCUCUGACUAGGACCAGUAAGGGUAGCUCGCUCAGCUCCGAGGGCUCCUGGUACGACUCUCCUUGGGGGAACACCACAGAGCUCAAUGAUAAUGUGUUCACAUGUAGUCAGACCGCAACGAGGGACAACAGUAGUGGCUACACCACCUACUCCUCCACGCGCACUGAGGAGACGGGCUGCGGCUACAACACCUUCUCAUCCGCCCGUACUGAGGACAUGUCCCCGGGGUUCAACCCCAACCUCCUCUUCCAGACCAUGGAUAGUAAUGGACAAUAUGCAAGCCGAGGGUUUAACAGCAACGGUUAUAAAUCUUGCUCUUUGGGCCGCACUGAGGACAGUGGCAUCGGAGAUUCUAUGAUUCUCUACCCGGAGCAGAGUCAGUUUAGCCUCAUCUCCCCUCCCGUGUCCCUAUCUGACCUCAGCAUGGUGGCUACAUACCCCACCCCUCACUUCCAGGACAUCCCCCAGCGCCGGGCAUCGCUGGCCUCGGUGCUGACCCUGGACGUGGGCGAGCAGGAGGAGAGCUCAGAGUCGGGCGACCAGUGCUACUCCUCCGCUCACAGUCACACGCUGCCCUGCAGGAGGGUCGCCACCGAGCCUACCGCCAUCGUCAUCAGCAACAGCAGGAAGGACAACCUGAAGAGCCGAAUCCGGCGCCUCAGCGACUGGACAGGAAGUCUAAGCAGGAAGAAGAGAAGACUACAGGAGCCUUAUGGUAGUGAGGCCAGUGAAGGCUUUAUCAUUGGAGUGGAUCCUGGGUUAGGUGACUCCAGCUCCCAGGUAACUGGUCCAGCAUGGAACUCCCUCCACACCCAGACCCUGUCAUUCCGCUCUGGGGCCUCCAGGGGCCAACAGAGCCACAGUGACGCCUUGCGGCAGAACAUCUAUGAGAAUUUCAUGCAGGAGCUGGAGACAGGAGACAACAGCGGGACGGAGCGGACCGAGCCCUCGGAGGAUGGAGAGGGGCAGGACAUGGGAGGAGCAAGGGGAAUAGGAGUGGGGGAACAGGGAGAGAGUAGUGGCAGUGGCUCCCUGGGCUCUCUGGAACAGCUGGACCUGCUGUUUGAGAAGGAGCAGGGGGUGGUACGCAGGGCCGGCUGGCUCUCCAUCAAACCCCUCCUCACCCUGCAUAAGGACAGGAAGCUGGAGCUCGUGGCCCGCAGGAAGUGGCGGCAGUACUGGGUCACGCUCAAAGGGUGUACCCUCCUGUUCUAUGAGACCUAUGGGAAAAGUAGCUGUCCCGAGCAGGAGCUGUCCCCGUGCUACACCCUGCUUGCUGAGGACAGCAUAGUCCAGGCGAUCCCUGAACACCCCAAGAAGGAGAACGUCUUCUGCCUGAGCAACGGCUACGGAGAUGUCUAUCUGUUGCAGGCUGCUAAUCAGACAGACCUGGAGAACUGGGUGACAGCCAUCCACUCUGCCAGCGCCUCUCUGCUGGCUAAGAGACAGGGGAAGGAGGACACAGUGCGGUUACUGAGGAGCCAGACUGGUGCCCUGCUGCAGAAGAUAGACAUGGACAGUAAGAUGAAGAAGAUGGCUGAGUUGCAGCUUUCUGUCAUCAGUGACCAGAGGAACAGGAAGGCUAUCAAAAGCCAGAUCCAGCAAUGGGAGCAGAACCUGGAGAAGUUCAACAUCGACCUGUUCCGGAUGCGCUGUUACCUGGCCAGCCUGCAGGGCAGUGAGCUCCCCAACCCUAAGAGUCUCCUGGCCGUGGCCGGACGGCCCUCCAAAACCACCCUGGGACGCCUGGGGAUCUUCUCUGUCUCCUCCUUUCAUGCCCUGAUCUGCACCCGUGACGAGGCGACCCUGCGGAGGCGUUGCCAAUCUCUUUCCCGGGGGACACGGAACAAGAGGAGUAUCUUCUCUUCCCUCAAGGGUCUGGACAGCCUGACCAAACGCAGCAAGGAGAAGAGGCAGUCCAUGUCCCAGGUUGUUGAAGGACAAAGUGUUGGAGUGCCUGCUGGCCAUGUCCUCAACCACAGCAGCUCUGAGAGAUUGGACGCUCUUGCCAAAAUGCAGUUGAUAGCACCACCUAAAGGCGACCCUUGGUUCAGCAGUUUGGAACCUCCAGUCUGUGUGAAUAUGCCCGAAAGCCAAACAGUUACUCUGCACAUCAAACCCGAUUUCCUCGUAUCAGAUGUGCUAUCUUUGGCCUGUAAGGACAGGCACCUGGACCCGAGCCAGCACUGUCUGCGUGUGAGAAGGCUGUUGGGUCAGGACACAGAGACCAGCUCCCCAGCACUCACAGACCCACUACGAGACCUGGUAAGGCCCCAGCUAUACAGUAGCAAUUCACUGGUGUAUGAUGAGCUAGAGGUCUUCCCGCUCAAUGUUUUCACCAUACAACUGUCCCGACCAGACACAGCAGUGGACUUUGGCUUUGCUGUGACGGGCCAUGUAGACGGAACCAGGAAAGGCCAUGUCUAUGUGAGUGAGGUCACUCCAGAGGGACUGGCUUUCACUGAAGGUCUGAGAGCGGGGGAUGAGAUCCUGUUUCUGAAUGGGACCAGUGUGUCCUCCCUGGACAUGGGUCUGACGCACCUGUUGUUCAGCCACCAGACCCUCCAUCUCUUGCUCAGACGAGAGGACACGACCACUGAGGACCAUACCUCUGUCUGGUCAGACUGUGGCCCCUGGCAGCCAGCACCACCGCCACCCAGCCACUGUGGCCCCUGGCCUACAGAUGUGCUGCUGCCCCAGGAGCUUCCAGAAUGCUCUGUAACGUCUCCCUUUCGGGAGCUGUCACAACAACCACAACCCGCUGAUGGGACGGAGCAGCUCGGCCAGAAUGUUGAGACGGUGUGCUCGCUGAACCAGACCUUCCCAGAGGGCCGUGGGGCAGCGGGGGCAGUGGUGGUGGAGGGCCAGAGGAACCCCUACUCCAUGGAGCUCCCCGUUCCCCAGACCCUGAAGCCCCCCUGCCCCAAACACAUGUCCAUCUCUGAGAGGCUCUGUAAGGUCAUACAGGAAUUGGUGGACACAGAGAAGUCCUACGUCAAGGACCUGGGCUCUCUGUUUGACAUCUACCUAACGCCUCUACAGAGUGAGACCUUCCUCAGCCACGAUGAGAUGGAGUCUCUGUUUGGCAGUCUGCCUGAGAUGCUGGACUUCCAGAGAGUGUUCCUACACACCCUGGAGGAGCGCAUCGCCUCCUCCCCAAACUUCAGCUCCCUGGAGACCCCGGAACAAUUCAAGAAACUUCUUCUCUCGCUGGGCGGCUCCUUUCUCUACUACGCCGACCACUUCAAGCUCUACAGCGGCUUCUGUGCCAACCACAUCAAAGUCCAAAAGGUUCUGGAACGAGCGAAGACAGACCGGGCCUUCAAGCAGUUCCUGGAGGCGAGAAACCCCACCAAGCAGCACUCAUCCACCCUGGAGUCCUACCUCAUUAAGCCAGUCCAGAGGGUGCUCAAGUACCCCCUGCUGCUCAGACAGCUGGUCUCCCUGACCGACUCAGAGAGCGAGGAGCACAGCCACCUCACAGAGGCUCUGAGAGCCAUGGAGAAGGUGGCCAGUCACAUCAAUGAGAUGCAGAAGAUCUAUGAGGACUACGGAACUGUGUUUGACCAGCUGGUGGCAGAGCAGAGUGGCCCUGAGAAAGAGGUUACAGAGAUCUCCAUGGGAGAGUUCCUCAUCCACUCCUCAUUAAAAUGGCUCAACCCUCUCCCCUCCCUGGGUCGCAUGAGGAAACAUCCUGAGCUAAUGCUGUUUGUUUUCAAGAGAGCGGUGAUCCUGGUGUACCGUGAGCGCAGCAAGAUGAGAAAGAGGAUGACCACGUCACGCUCAGGGGACCUGGAGGCCUUCAAGUUCCGCUGGCUCGUCCCGGUGUCGGCGGUGCAGGUCCGCCUGGGGAACGCAGCAGGAACGGAGAGCCCAUGUAUCUGGGAGCUGGUCCAUACCAAGUCUCAGGUGGAGGGGAGACCAGAGACCGUGUUCCAGCUCUGCAGCAGUGGUUUGGAGAAUAAGGCCAGUGUAGUGAAAGCUCUUCGCUCCCUUCGAGACUGGACCUGUAGGCCCCUCCUAUCAGAGAGAGGUUCUAGAGAGUACCUAGGCUCCCUCCGUAGGACCCAGCCUGCACCGGUCAGAGCCGGCUCCUGGAGAAGACAACAGGAACUGCAGGCCAUGAGGACUGCCGGCCACCAGCACCACUCUGACGACGGCAGUGUGUCCAGUGGUGCAACCCAACCCUGCCCGGGAGACACCCACUCGGAGCCCCAGCUUCACAGCCGCUCCACCAUGGGCCUCCCCAGCCUGGAGGGCUCCACGCUGGGCAAAAGGGCCCGGCUGUGCUCCCUGACCAGCGCCCUGGAGGCCCAGCUCCAGAGACUCAACUUCACAGAGGAGGCCGGGCCGAGGAGUGCUGCCUCCCAGCAGGAGCACCUCAGACAGGGGCCCCACCAGCCCCAUCCUGCUGCCCAGAGGAGGGCUAGCAGUCUGCAGGGUCCAGGAGGGCAGGAUAAUGACCCCCAGUGUGUGGACCUUAAUGCCCUGCUGGGGAGGGACUUCAGUGUGCAGAGCCUGACCUCUGUGGUCAAUGAGAACUGCUUCUAUGACACAGUUAUGGGGAUCCAGAAGGCGGCCAUUCCAACACUAUAGGGGCCCUAGAAGUUGCCCCUAGACGCUGAUCUUGGGUCAGUUUUCCCCACUAAUGGUUAACAAUAGGAUUGGGGGACAUCCUAGAUCUGUACCAAGGGAAACUUCACCCGGAGAGCUGAUGAACACUAUAGAAGGUACACUCCCGUACCUGUCUCGACCUAGUGCCUGGUCAAGGUACUAUGGACUAGAAGAUGAAUCUGCUUAAUGUGUUUACUCUGACUGGUGAGUAGGCUACGACUGAAGACCUGAGCUCUGAUCACAGUUACUUGACUUUAUCCUUUUAUCUCCUCGUGGAGCAAAGGCCUCAACAUCACACUGUGACGGUAUAUACUGUACAUAUAUACAGUGGAGUCGGAACGUAUUCUGACACCUUCGCUUUUUACACAUUUUGUUACGUUACAGCCUUGUGCUAAAAUGGAUUCAAUUGUUUUUUCCCCUCAUCAAUCUACACACAAUACCCCACAAUUACAUCACACUACCACAUACUGACAAAGAAAAACAGGUUUUUAAAAAUCUUCUGAAAUGUAUACUUAAAAAAAACCCUGAAAUAUCACAUUUACUUAAGAAUUCAGACCCUUUACUCAGUACUUUUUUGAAGCACCUAUGGCAGCGUUUACCGCCUUGAAUUUUCUUGGGUAUGACGGUACAAGUUUGGCACACCUGUAUUUGGGGAGUUUCUCCCAUUCUUCUCUGCAGAUCCUCUCAAGCUCUGUCAGGUUGGAUGGGGAGCGUCGCUGCACAGCUAUUUUCAGGUCUCUCCAGAGAUGUUUGAUCGGGUUCAAGUCCAGGCUAAGGCUGGGCCACUCAAGCUGUGUGCUUAGGGUCGUUGCCCUGUUGGAAGGUGAACCUUCACCCCAGUCUGAGGUUCUGAGUGCUCUGGAGCAGGUUUUCAUCAAGGAUCUCUCUCUCUACUUUGCUCCGCUCAUCUUUUCCUCGAUCCUAACUAGUCUCCCAGUCCCUGCCACCGAAAAACAUCCCCACAGCAUGAUGCUGCCAUCACCAUGCUUCACCAUAGGGAUGGUGCCAGGUUUCCUCCAGACGUGAUGCUUGGCAUUCAGGCCAAAGAGUUCAAUCUUGGUUUCAUCAAACCAGAGAAUCUUGUUUCUCAUGGUCUGAGAGUCCUUUAGGUGCCUUUUGGCAAACUCAAAAUGGCUAUCAUGUGCAUUUUACUGAGGAGUGGCUUCUGUCUGGCCACUCUACCAUAAAGGCCUGAUUAGUGGAGUGCUGCAGAGAUGGUUGUCCUUCUGGAAUGUUCUCCCAUCUCCACAGAGGAACUCUGGAGCAUCGAGUUCUUGGUCACCUCCCUGACUAAGGCCCUUCUCCCCCGAAUGCUCAAUUUGGCCGUGUGGCCAGCUCGAGAAAGAGUCUUGGUGAUUCCAAACUUCUUCCAUUUAAGAAUAAUGGAGGCCAGUGUGUUAUUGGGGAACUUCAAUGCUGCAUAAAUGUUUUGGUACCGUUCCCCAGAUCUGUGCCUCAACACAAUACCUUCGACCUCAUUGCUUGGUUUUUGCUCUGACAUGCACUGUCAACUGUGGGACCUUAUAUAGACCUGUGUGUGCCUUUCCAAAUCAUGUCCAAUCAAUUUCAUUUACUACAGGUGAACUCCAAGUUGUAGAAACAAUCUCAAGGAUGAUCAAUGGAAACAAAAUGCACCCGAGCUAAAUUUCGAGUCUCAUAGCAAAGGGACCGAAUACUUAGGUAAAUAAAGUAUUUCUGUUAGUUUUUUAAUAGUUUUGCAAAGAAAAAUCUAAAAACCUGUUUUCCCUUUGUCAUUAUGGGGUAUUGUGUGUAGAUUGGUGAGAAAAAAUAACAAUUGAAUCCAUUUUAGAAUAAAGCUGUAACGUAACAAAAUGUGUGAAAGGGGAAGGGGUCUGAAUACUUUCCGAAUGCACUGUGAAAUGAGCGUCCUUUGUUUUGCUUCACUCUCUAAGCUCUGAGCACAGUUGCCUAUGUUCAAUAACAUUCCUCCUUACUCUUGUUUGUGAAUAUGAUGCAGUAUCUUAGUCACAAGCAUUACAUUUUAAUGUCUUUUUGGCAAACGCAGUUGUUAAUUAAAAACUGGAAUUGCCUGAAUUCUAUUUAUAUUUUGUCUCAAUAUUAUUUUGUUCAUGUGUUAAUAUCCACAUAAAAACAAAGACUAAGUGUUACGUUUCGAUUUAAUUGAUUUUAUUAAGUUCAAAGCUUUAAAGCUCUUUCUUGUUUCAAGUGAUUUGAUGUAUCACUUUAAGAAUUGUUCAAAUGUUGUAUCCUUAUUCAGAUGUAUCUGAACUGUAAUUUAUUCUCGUAUGUAUAUUAUUUUCAUUUAAACGGGAUGUUUAUACGGGUGUCCUGACUCUCUGUGGUCACUAAAGAUCCCAUGACACUUAUCUUAAGAGUAGGGAUGUUAACCCCGGUGUCCUGGCUAAAUUCCCAAUCUGGCUCUCAUACCAUCAUGACCACCUAAUCAUCCCCAGCUUACAAUUGGCUCAUUCAUCCCCUCCUCCUCUCCCCUGUAACUAUUCUCCAGGUCGUUGCUGUAAAUGAGAACGUGUUCUCAGUCAACUUACCUGGUGAAAUAAGGGUUCAAUAAAUACAAAUUGUACAGGUAAGGUAAAUUGCUGUAAUGUUAAAUAAAUUGCCCUGAUUGAUAAAUAA